AUGAAUUUUGACGAAUCUGAUAAAGAAGAUUGUUUGUCCUCAGAGUGGGUGACUAGUACAGUAGAAUUCAUCAAGUUUAAUCCUGAUUGGGAUAAAACAGUGGGUUUCAGAGUUGGUGAUACAGCUACAGAGGGAUCAGAGUGCCCAGAUGGAUAUUGGAUGUGCUCGAACGGUGAGAAAUGUAUUUAUGACAGCUGGGUAUGUGAUGUUUUUACGGAUUGUUACGAUGGAUCAGAUGAAACAAACUGCCCAGAGUCAGCUACAGAGGGAUCAGAGUGCCCAGAUGGAUAUUGGAUGUGCUCGAACGGUGAGCAAUGUAUUGAUGACAGCUGGGUAUGUGAUGGUUAUACGAAUUGUUACGAUGGAUCAGAUGAAUUUGAAACAAACUGCCCAGUGUCAGAUUGCGGAUAUGGAUAUUGGAUGUGCUCGAACUAUGAGCAAUGUAUUCCUGAUAGCUAUGUAUGUGAUGGUGAAACGAAUUGUUACGAUGGAUCAGAUGAAUUAAACUGCCCAACGACAGAUCCAGGUUGUUGGUAUUGUUCGAAUUUAACUGAAACUCCUGCAGUUAUAUGGGGGGGAGACUCCCAAGAUAAGACACAGACUUCUUGGACGAUCAUUGGCAUUGUAAUACUAAUAGCGGCUCUAUUAUUAGUCGCCGUGGUUUUGUGUAUUUGUAAAAAAGUAUCAAGACAGCAUGUGAUGGAACAACACACAGUACGUCCCACCAACCUACCAAUUGUUGUUCCAGUGCAACUGCAGCCAGCUAUAAAUGUGCGAGAGGAGCCGCUGUCUUCAGAUCCAUCUCUGCCUAAUGUUGCUGUGGAUAAUGAUCAAUACGUUCCAAGUUAUGAAGAAUUAAUGGGUUAUCCGGUGGGCCCACCAAUUGUUGUUCCAGUGCAACUGCAGCCAGCUAUAAAUAUGCGAGAGGAGCCGCUGUCUUCAGAUCCAACUCUGUCUAAUGUUGCUGUGGAUAAUGAUCAAUACGUUCCAAGUUAUGAAGAAGUAAUGGAUUAUCCAGCGGGCUCUCGUUAAAUCGCUCACCCGAAUCAUACCUACAGUAAAAACGUUUAUAUGAUUCCUAAAUCAAAAUACGUGUUAGUUAUUUGUAAUAUUUCUAUCGCCGACCAAAUAGAGUGGAUGGAGGGCUAAUAUUCCCUAAUCAAAACAUUUCGCGCCCGCAGAGAACACAACAUUGGAGGCUUCUAGAGUUCUAGUGGACCAGAUCGCCAUUUUGGAUUAUGAAAAGGUCGAUUUGUUUACUUGAUAAGUCUGAAUAUCGAAAUUUUAUUGAUCAGUAUCAUGGUUCGUUUUAAUUUUAAUGUUUUAGCAGCAGUACUUCCUUAUUGGAGAACAAAGUAUUACAUUUUUCUAUAUUAGUAUGUUGAUAGCAUGUAGCAAUUACUUAAAGUAAGUCGUGUGUUUAUUUAAUUUCUUGCCGGUAAUUUAACUCCCUCGUAGGAAUAUUAUAAAACUCGACAAUAUCAUAUUCUAUUGUACUUUUUGUCUUUUGAGGUUGCCGAGAUAAUAACUUGCUAUAAUGCUUAUUUAUUCACUAUGCAUUGCUAUUUUUGUGAUUACAAUAUUAUCAUCUAUAACAGUGUAACCACUAACCAGUUCAUGUUAUUGACCCACAAUUAACAGAUCAGAUUUAGCACACAUCAUGAGUGUUAUAUUACGUAAAACAGUCAAUCAAGUUAUGUAAUUCUCGUUUAGUUCUCUUUAUUAUAAUUAUAUCGGAUUCAAAUAAAAAUAACGUACUUUGUAAGAAAGAAACAAAUUAAUCAAAUAAUAAGUCAAGCAAUAAAAUAAAAUAAAAGUCGAACUAAAAUGGCCAAAGUUUUAUCAAAUUCGCCGGAAGGAAACCAAAUUAUGUGCCAUUCUCGAAUUAAAACCCACAAUUUGGUUUCCUUUCUGUGAAUUUAAUUUAAUUUUUCCCUCGCACGCUUUGAAAGUUAAGCGAA